UAGGAAGAUGGCUGAGCCAGGAUUUCAAAGAUGUCAAGAGGAUACACACCUCCAUGACAAUACAGAAAAGAUGGCUGCUGAUGAGCAGGGAGUGAAGUGGGCAACAGAACUGAUUGAACAGAAGCUGGCACUUGAAGAAGAGCAGAAGAAACACUGCUCUCACCCCUCUGCAAAGCUGCCAGAAACAGCACAGAUGGACUCUCAUCAGCUGGAAGAUGAGAAGAGGCAUGGACCUAUCAACAAAGGUGUUGAGGGGCUUAAGGGCCAGGAGAGGGUGCGGAAGAGUUCUGUGGACCUAAGGCGAGAGAUCAUUGAAGUUGGUGGCACUCAGUACCUCUUUGAGCUACGCAAAAAACCCAAAAAGAAGAAGGAAGAGAAGAAACCAGAGCCUGAGCCAGAGAAGACUACUGGUCCUGUGGCAGAAGAGGACUUCUUGAAAGCUGCUGUGCUGGGCAAGGUGCAAGUGGUGGAGAAGUUCCUGGCAGAUGGGGGCUCUCCAGACACCAGUGAUGAGUUUCGCAGGACAGCUUUACAUCGUGCCUCACUUGAAGGAUUCACAGAGAUAGUGGAGAAGCUUUUGGCCCGAGGAGCUACUGUUGACUUCAGAGAUCGACUGGAUGCCACUGCUAUGCACUGGGCCUGCCGUGGUGGACAUCUUGAUGUGGUGAAGCUCUUGCAAGAGAAAGGAGCCAACUUAAAUGUCAAGGAUAAGCUUCUCAGCACUCCUUUGCAUGUGGCCGUCCGCACUGGCAUCAUUGAGAUUGUGGAACACCUGGUUAACAAUGGAAUGGAUAUCAACUCCUGUGAUCGAGAGGGAGACAGUGCCCUGCAUGAUGCUGUACGUCUCAAUCGCUACAAGAUCAUUAAGUUGUUGAUUCUGCAUGGGGCAAACAUGAUGGCCAAAAACCUGGCUGGGAAGACUCCUACAGACCUUGUGCAGCUAUGGCAAAAAGAUACACGGGAUGUGUUGGAGAAGCAAGAGCCAGACACAGCAGAGAUGCCAUCAUGAGGCAGAUGGAGGGGAGGGGGG